AUGAUCUCUGCGCACCCCGUAGUCUACGUUAAGAUGCUCACCGGCAGGACCAUCACACUUUUUAGCAAGCUUUCAAGCGCCGUGGACGAGCUUAAGCGUGCAAUCCGAGUCGAGGAAAAUUUUACGCCGGACGAACAGCGCCUCGUCUUCGCUGGGAAACAGCUGAACGACAGCGGGCGUCUUGUGGACCAUGAUGUCAGGAACGGAUCAACGCUUUAUCUAAUCCUACGGCUGAAUGGCGGAGAGCGC